GUUAAUGUUAACCUAAUGUGGCUUAUUUUAAUAAUUCAACCAAAUGGUUAUCCAGGAGUGACUCUUACUGUCACAGAUCUUCAGGUGGAGUCUCCUGAGAGAGUGACAGAGGGAGAUUCAGUCCGUCUGACAUGUAAAAGCAGCUGCACUCUGACUGACAGAGCAACAUUCAUCUGGUACAGAAACUCACAGCCAUUAACUGAGAGAAGAGACAGAAACAAUGAACUCCUGCUGCAGUCAGUCAGAAGAGAGGAUGCAGGCAGAUAUAGCUGUGCUGUACACGGACACAAUCACAUCUCUCCUGCUGUUCAGCUCAAUGUCACGUUGCAUCAUCGUCUUGGAUGGCAUGUCUGGUUGGGGAUCACAGUGGCAUGUUUAGGAUUCUUCAUCAUCAUUAUCAUCAUUCUGUUUAUAAUGAGAAAACGAAAAGGUGCUCAAGUUGAAGACCUCACAGCGAAGCAGGACAAUCUGUACUCUAACGUAACAGGGAGAGACGUUCAUGUUUCUGAAUCAGCUGAUUGUGAUGACGCUCAGUACGCCACUGUUACUUCCAGCAAACCCAGAAGAGACAGAAACGCUCCUGAUCGCAGAGAUACUGAGGAGAUCCAGUACGCAACUGUACAACAUCCCAAAAACAAACAGACCAAGAGAUCAGAGGAGAACGAAAGCCAGUACGGCAAUAUCAGGAUUCACCAGCCUGAAUCUGCUGUGAGGCGAUCAAAUGUUGAAACUGUGGAUGACGCUUCUGUGAUCUACAGCCGUGUCAAAUGAGUAACAGAGACCAUCAUGAAGACAAAGGCCUAAACAAAUUAUAAUUAAAGUUUUGAAAGUAGGGCUGUCAAUUCAGCAUGCACAGUUAUUUAUUAUUCAAUAAAUCAGGUAAAUAUAUGGCAGGAACACAGUGUCUGUAAUCUUUUUCAUAUUACAAGAGCAGAAUACAAAUACAAAUGAAAGAGCCAAGAACCCACAACAUGGUGUUUGGUGAGACUAAAAAACUUGAUUUGAACUUUUGACUUCAGAUGUUUUCUGUGAGCAAAUAAAAAGCCCAUAUCCGUUUGACCAAAUUCGAGCUUGUGUGUCGUCAUGUCUAAGUCAUUGUAGACCUAUAACAUAAUGUACUAUGUGUGAUGGCUCUGUAUAUGUGCAACAGUGGAUAAAAUAAAUUUGAUCUGUUAAAGUCUCA